GGCGUUCGGCACGAGUGUGGGCAGCGGGGCCCGGCCGAGGCCUGCGGAACAUGGCGCCCUGGACGCUGUGGCGCUGCUGCCAGCGCGUGCUGGGCUGGGUGCCGGUGAUCUUCAUCACCUUCGUGGUCGUGUGGUCCUACUACGCGUACGUGGUGGAGCUGUGCGUGUUUACUAUUUCUGGAAAUAAAGAAAAUGUUACUAUUUCUGGAAAUGAAGAAAAUGGAAAGACCGUUGUUUACCUUGUGGCUUUCCAUCUGUUCUUUGUUAUGUUUGUAUGGUCCUAUUGGAUGACAAUAUUCACAUCUCCCGCUACCCCCUCCAAAGAGUUCUAUUUGUCCCAUUCUGAAAAGGAACGUUAUGAAAAAGAAUUCAGCCAAGAAAGACAGCAAGAAAUUCUGAGAAGAGUUGCAAGAGAUUUACCUGUCUAUACCACCUCAGCUUCAAAAACAUGCAGAAUGGAUGAUCGUGAAGCUAUCAGAUAUUGUGAAAAAUGUCAGCUGAUUAAACCUGACCGGGCUCAUCACUGCUCAGCAUGUGACAAGUGUGUACUUAAGAUGGAUCAUCACUGUCCUUGGGUGAAUAACUGUGUGGGAUUUUCUAAUUACAAAUUCUUCAUGCUGUUUUUGUUGUAUUCCCUAUUAUAUUGCCUUUUCGUGGCUACAUCAGUUUUAGAGUAUUUUAUAAAAUUUUGGACGCUUUGCCGCAGGAAAUCUACAGAGAAUUGUCCAAAGAAUGAACUGACAGAGGCACGUGCAAAAUUCCAUGUACUUUUUCUUUUCUUUGUGUCUGCAAUGUUCUUCAUCAGCAUCCUCUCACUGUUUAGCUACCACUGCUGGCUAGUUGGAAAAAAUAGAACAACAAUAGAAUCAUUCCGUGCACCUACGUUUUCUUAUGGACAAGAUGGAAAUGGUUUCUCUCUUGGAUAUAGUAAAAAUUGGAGGCAAGUCUUUGGGGAUGAAAAGAAAUAUUGGCUACUUCCAGUAUUCUCAAGCUUGGGUGAUGGCUGCAGUUUUCCAACUCGCCUUGUGGGAAUGGAUCCAGAACAAGCUUCUGGUACAAACCAAAGUGAACAUUCCAGAAGUAUUGGCACAAGUCAACCUUUUCCUAUCAAACCACUUAGUGAAUCAAAGAAUCGUUUGUUGGACAGUGAAUCCCAGUGGCUGGAAAAUGGAGCUGAAGAAGGUGUCGUCAGAUCAGGGACAAAUAACCAUGUUACAGUGACAAUAGAAAAUUGAGUACCACUUGUUUGUAACUAACCAUUUGAUAAGAACAAGGUAUAUAACAAUACCUUGUGGACUAAUAUUUUCAGUUUUAUUUGCAAGAAAAUGAUUGAUGAACUGAAAUGCUUCAGACAUACGAGAAGACAUUUUUAAAAGGAAGCCUUUGUACAGUUUGCCUGAUUCACAGGAGCACCACAGAGGAGGAAGAUGCCUUAAAGUGUCCACUUACGGCUUUUACUGGGGAAACUAUACCAUCACGAGAUGCUAUUAUAGGAGCUGUUGUCAGAGAACAUGGCAUACAUAUUUUUUUUAACACCUGAGUCACAAUAUUAGAGUUGUUUACUAGUAUCCAUCUAAGUUUUCACUCCAAAAACACAAGCUAAAACUUGUCUUAGUGAAAGUAUAAAUAUGGCAAAUGAUGUGUCAGAAUGAAUAACCUCCAAAGUACAUUGCUUGUGUUAUAUAGGAGAAAGGAAAACAACAGCUUUUUUAAUUGGAUGUUUACUAAUUUAUAAUUACUAUUUUCUACUUCUCAACAUUUUUAAUAAAGGCUUUUUAUUAUUAGCUAUAAAAUAACACUCAGAAGGAUUCAGAUACCUAAAUACAAACAUUUAGAAUGUAGAACAAUAUAUUGAUCAUUGAAGUUUUAGUUCUGAAGCAUUAAUGCAAGCCAGGUGUGGAGGCUCCCUUCUGUAAUUCCAGCAAUCAGGAGGCUGACCUACAAAGUGACACCCUAUUUAUAUUUAAGAAGCAAAGAAAGAAAAUCACUAAUACAACUGUGUAGUGUUUUGUGUGCCCAUGCUCAGAGCAAACCGAUGAAAGGGAUAUUUUGGGAACUUUCUGCUUUUUAAUUACUUUUUGUUGAAUUUACAUGGGUAUUUUGAAGGGGCAAAGAUGCUUUGAGGUACAUAUGUUAUAGAAAUGCAGGGCACAAUAGAAAUGAAUAGAAGUGAUUGAAAAAUAGAAUGACAGAUGAAAUGUCAAAUGGGUAAAAAAGUGAUAAAAAUUUCCAUUCUUAAGGUAUUCUAAAUAAAACAUGCUAUUGUGUUGGCAGUUUAGGCAAUAACCUAAAAUUUAUUGUGAAACUUCUCUCAAGCAAUCUCAAAAUAGCUUAAACAAUAAUUUAAGCAGUUUAAGAUGGAUGUGGUAAUGCACACCUUUAAUCCCAGUAGAGAUAGGAGGAUUGCUGUGAGCUCAAAGCCACCCUGAGACUACAAAGUGGAUUCCUGGUCAACAUUGGCUAGAGUGAAACCCUACCUUGCAAAACAAAACCGAAGGUGGGGUGGGGGGGAGGCAGUUUAAAUUAGGGCAGGUACUUAGAACAUACAACUCUUGGGAAAACAUAAACCUGAGUAAUGAUUUAAAAUCCCCAGUGUCUAAGAAGUAGAUUCCACUCUUAAAUGACUUCUUAAUAGUGACUCGUUUCUACAGAAGAAAGCAAACUACUUUGAAGUCUAAGGGAAUAGGCGUGGUUGUGUUUUGGCAAGUAGUACACCAUAGAAAUGCUGUUCCCAAAUGUACUGCUUCCAGUGAAUGGACCGAGAACAGCCUUAAUAGCAUGUGUAUUAUCAGUAGUCGCAGUUUCCUUGUCUUUAAAAUGGGGUUGUGGGGGGUAGGGCAGUCUUGAGUUAGCUAGACUGCAGGACUUGAACCAUUCUAAGGUAUUGGUUUGUAAAAUAACUUUGCUUCUAUUUAUCCAACAAUUAUUUCUGAAGUACCUUAUCAAAUAGUGUACUAGAUACAGCUCUGUAAUUUUCCAGUCCUGCAUAAAUUAGCUGUUUCAACCUGACAAUUUGAAGGAUUUGACAAAUUCCCACUUUUUGUGGUAAUAAUUAAUUUUAAAUAACUUCUUCCUAUGGACCAACAUAGUUGGGAAUAUUAUAUAUAUGUUAUAGUUGGGAAUAUUAAAUAUAUGUUAUUUUUGCUUCAGUUCUUCAGUGUUAAUAAUCAUAAUUCUGAAAAACAAGAAUGAGAGUAAGAAAUAUUAAAUACCAGGAGUUCAAAGGUAGCUUGGGCUACAUGAGACUCUGUCUUCAAAAAGAGAGGUCAGGCUGGAGAUACGGCUCAACAAAAGACACUUGUUUGCAAAGACGAGUGGCCUGGUUCAACUUCUCAGUACCCCCAUAAAGCCAGAUGCACAAAGUAGCACAUUCUUCUGGAAUUUGUUUGCAGUGGCUAGAGGCCCUAGCACACCUAUUCCUUCCCUCUCUUUUUGUCUCCCCUUGCAAGUAAAGAUA